CGGAGAGCCGGGCGUAGUAAAAUUUAUAUAACAACGGGAUUUACUAUAAUAUUCUAUGUGUGUGUGCGGUGUGUGUUAUUACGCUGAAGGUGUACUGCACGGGGCGUGCGCGAGUCCUUUGUGCGCAACGUAGGUGAGCGGACGGGCGGGCAGGUCGGUCUCGGCUGGCUCACGGCGCACGAUCUGCUGCCGCCGCGGCCGCUCGGUUUUUACGCAUCUCCCAGGCGCGAGUGGCGAACAGUACGAGCUCAGCGUUCCGCCGAUCGUCGAUUGCGUCGUAUUUACCACGCGUGCCUUUUGAGCCGCCACGACGUCUGGCCUAGCACAAUAAAUGCGAUAUUAUAGCUGCAGUUUAUUACAACGCGGUGUUUCAAUGUAUAUUCGGUACAACGAUAAUAAUAAUAAUAAUAAUAUUAAUAUAUCCCUAUGAUUAUUUAACUCUGGCAUAGUAUACUUACCGCCGUUUAGUACAUUAAAUUAUAAUAUUAUUAUUAUACUACCCGGAGGGACUGCGGUCGUCGUUCGGAAAAUAUCUGUUAGGAAAAGCGACUCAACAAUGGUUGUAAUCGUAACGAUUUCAUUGUCGACGAACGGCGAACCGCUGCGGUGGCAUACGACGACGUCGUUGUAAACAUCGGAAGUUUAGUGAGUGCGAGCGAUUCGGCUCCCGAAACCCGAGAAGGGUUGGUUGAUUGACCGGUGGCGAAUGAUGCUCAAAUUUGUCACGCACAAACUGAAGACUCAAAGCCUCGAAGAUCAUCGAAGAUCUGCAAAGGUAAACCUACAAAUAUUAUUGUGUAUUUAAAACCACACAAAUAAAAAAUACGGUGUAAUAUUUUGUGUAUUUUUGUUAUAUCCCUAUAAAUUUAAUAAAUAAUAGAAAUCGUAUUAUUUUAAGUAUUAAUAUUGCUACGAAAUAUUAAUAGAGCGGUAUGAUUUUAGUAGUAUUAAUAAUAGUAGUAGUAUUGUCGGCGAUUCAGGAUGAAAGAAAAAUCAGUAAAUAGUAGGUAGUACUGUAGUAGGCAGUACUGUAGUAGUAGUAGUAGUAGUAGUAGUAGUAGUAGUAGUAGUAUUAACAAUAAUUGCACCUAGUAUUAGUUACAAAGUAGUAUGUAUAUAUGUAUAUUUACUAUUAUUAUUAUUUUUUUUUUCUGAUAACGUUACGGUGUACACAAAGCCGUCCCCUCGCCCGUUGUACGAUCACCCCUUCCGCGACCGCCGACUACAUUGUCGUCGGUCACCCCCUCCGAGAACAAAGGAACGCGAGCUGCACGUCGUUUGUGUGCGUGACAUUCCUCUCCGCCGCCGACGCCGCCGCCGCCGACACGCUUUAUACUACGCUACAUUGGCGCGCGUAUGUGUGCGUGUGCGUAUUCAUCAGCUGAUUGUGUGUGAGCGCGCGCGCGUAUCUCACUGAUAGUAUGCGACCGCACUACCACAACGGCGGCGGGCGGCGGGCGACCGAAUCGUAUACAACUCACUCGGUGCACCGUCUAUUUUUAAUCUAAUACCAUAAUAAUAUUAACCGCGCGCGCGCUCGCGCGUGUGUGUGUGAGAGAGUGCGAUGCUAAUAACCGGCAACAACAUUAUGAUAACGACGAAAGCAAUGAUCCGGCGACGACGGCGGUAAUCGUGAUCGCGGCGACUGGUCGUAAUACUAUACUCGUACUACUCGUAGUAACCGUAGUAAACGACUGCGCGACCGAUCGCGUCCCGUCGAGUUUUCUCGUAUGUCCGUCCGAAUGAAAAAAAAAAUUACAAUCCCGCAAUACAAUUGACUGUAUUAUUAUCGUUUUCAUUUUUGCUAUUGUUACAUUAUUUUUUCAAAUAAACGUAAUCGCCUUAUAUCACGUUUGUUGUAGUGGGUAUAAUAUUAUUAUAAAUAAUAAUAAUAACAAUAAUAAUAUUGUAACAUGUAAACACGCCGGACGGUCGUAAUUAUAUUCGGUACCUGUAUAGUACCUACCUGCAGCUACGGUGACCUUUACGUCGACGUCGUCCUAGCCGCCGCCGCCGCCGUGCGCGUGUCAUCUGUAGUUGUUGUAGUCGUAUCCUAGUAGCGUAGCGUCGGUCGGCCAGUCGCUGUUUGUCGUAGUUGCCGGCCGCAGAUUUCGAUAGAGAGACGUCGUUUUUUUACGUUAAUUAUUAUCGUACGUUAUUAUUACUAAUAAUAAUAAUAUCGCGGUGGUUAUCGUCGUCUCGUCAUCGUUGUUGUUGUCGUCGUCGCCGCCGUUCCGAGGUGAAUAAUAAUUUCUGCUGCUUGACGUUACGUUAUAAUAAUUGUAUUAUACCAAUUAUAAUUAUAAUAAUAUUAUUAUACUACCUAUUCGAUCGGCAGAAAAAAAAAUAUAAAAAACUAAUUAAUAAUAAUAUUAUAUUUAUUAUAUUUUGUUGUGAUUAUCAUUGCCCCGUGAUUAUUAUGAAAUAUAAAUAGGUACAACUGCUGACGGUUCCCGGAAAGGCGCCGUGUUCAUUUUCCGAAAAAAAAAACCUAUAAAAGCGUGUACCUAUAAUAAUACUUACCCACCUUUGAUUUUGUGACGAUGUUGCAUUGCAAAUUGACUUUAAUUGUUUGUGCCCGACAAUGUGUAGUAUGUUGGUGGACAAACGAUUCCUAAUGAAUUUAUUUUUGUUACAUAAUAUACACUUAUAUUAUUUAGUACAUUGGCUCGUUCGGGAAUUAUAAAGUUUUUUAAAAUGCGAUUAGAUCGUGGCAAUCAAUCAUAUUUUUAAUAUUAAAUUCUCAUUAAAAUAGAUUUUAUUAUUGACGAUAGAAAAUGCAUGGUUGCAACCUACCAACAAAUUUUGAAUUGAAAGUUAACAAAAUGGUAUAUAUUCUAAAAAAUCUUAAAAAUAGAAUAUAAUGAAAUUAAAUUAAGAUUGCUAAUACAUUAUAUUGCAUUAAAUAUUUAUACCUAAUAGGUUGUAUCUAUAUAUUAAAAUUAAUUUGUUUAGUUUUUAACUGGGGUAUAAUGGACAAAUUAUAGAUACAUAGCAUCUUGAUAUUAAUUUGCCUAAUAUUUUGAACAAUAUUUUUUCUUAAUAUCAUCAUUGCUUACCUAUUUAUUUGUCAACUUGUGAUUACCAAUAAUGUUUUCUACCUUUUUGAAAUUUUUUUAGUUAAGUAUAUUGGAAUUAUUAAGUAAUGUGUUCUUGUUAUUGAAGUCUGUAUGAUAUAAUAAUAUUAAGACAUACUGAUUUUCUAUAACAGAAAUAAUUUAUUUAGAUUUGUAUUAUAACCAUAAAUCGACUAAUUGUCAGAGAUUUUUUUUACAUUAUUUAAAUAAUAUUGUGUGACAAUAUACUUACUGUAUAGUGUAUGAUAUGUUACUGUAAAUGCAUAAUGAUAUUUUAUACACAGACCAAAGAAUAUGAAUUAUGUGGUAAUAUAAAUAAUAUAAACCAUAAUAUAUUUCAAUUAUGUUUCAUUUUUAACACUACCUAUUUAAUAUCAGUGGAUUUAUUUUCAUUAAUUGUUCACUAAUAUACCUAUUUUAUACUACCUACCUAGAUAAUAACUUCCAAAUGUCUAAAAACCUAACUAUUUAGGGUAGGUCACUCUCGUCUUAAGCUUCUUCUUGAUCUGAUCUCUCACCUUACUUACAACGACUGUCCUCGUAUCUUUUCAAUUGUAUUCAACCACCUCUUUUUUGGUCAUCCUCUUCCCCCUUUCCUGCUAUAUUUAUUUUCAUUACAAUUCUUACUGCUUCAGACUCCUCUCUCCUCAUGAUAUGCUAAAAUCAUCUCAAACUAUUUUCUCUCAUUUUGUCUACUAUUAAAGCCACUCUUAAGCUUAUAAUUAAUGUGUUAUUAUUUUAAAAAUAUGUUUAGAAAGUAGGUUAAUUGAUUUUCAAAUUUCAAAUAUAAAUGAUAAUAGUUUAGGUUAUAGUAGCUACAUGUAAAUUACCUACAUAAUAUUAUUUUUGAUUUGUUUUUCUGAAGUAGGUAAGUAUUUAUAGAAUAUUGUUUAAUUAAUAAACAUUUGUUGAGAUUAAAUGUAUGCACUUAUUUUUAGUUGAUUAAUAUUUUAUUAACAGUUACAUGUUGUCUAACAAAAAGUAAAUAAUAAAAUGUUAUUAUUAAACAAUUAUUAUCAUUUGAUUUCUGUACUAUUUAAGUGUAAUUUUCUACUAAUAAAUACUUAAUUAAAUACAUUUAGGAAGGGUACCUAUCUAUAUUGAUAGAUAUUAUUUUAAUUAGUUAUUAUUUUUACUCACAUGAUUAAAUGUUUAGUUCAAGUCGAUUAUGUAAUGUUACACAAAUUAAACAAUUUUAUUCUAUGCAUUAUAUAUUUUUGUCAAUCUUUUUAUUUCAAUAGUACAUAGAGAAAAACAAAUAUUUUAAUUAUUAAUAUUAUGUCACAACAUAAGUGGGUACUUUAAGUUAUUUGAUUAGGGUUUGCUUAUUUUAUAGUGAUAUUUCUUGAAUACUUAUUAUUCAGUCAAUUGCUUCCAAAACAAAAUUAAAUCAUUAUCCAAUAUUAAAUGUAAUUUCUUAAGCAUGUUUUUAUCCUUUGUAAGUAGAAAAGGUUCUUUCUGAUGUAAUUGUAUGGCAAGCAGGGAUGUAAAAUGUUUAGUUAUACAGAAAAAGAUAAAGUGGAUAUGAGAGGAUAUGACAUAUUCAUAUCUGGGAGAGGGGGUAUGAAUAAGGGGGCCCUGUGCAUGUCGCUGGCUGCAGUCGGACUUGGUUAGUUUUUUCUGGUAGUACAAAAAUAAAAUUCAAUUUAGAAUUUGGUAACGAAAAAAAAAAAAUUAAAAAUGUUUUAAUCCUAAAGUGUGAUUAAAAUCAUAAUACUAAAAAAUAAAUCAACAUAAUACCUUAUAAGAUCUUGUUUGGCUAAACUCUUUUGUAGACAGUUGAUAAUUUGAACUAUGGUAUUAUAUUAUGGUUGAAUUGUGUGGUUUGUUACAAGAAAGGCAGGUCAACAUAAAAAAAAACUUUUAUAUAAAUACAUUGAAAACUGGAAUUUGCAAAAAAAAAAUUUAUUUUUAAAAAUCUAAUCUAUAAUUAUUGUAUUACAUUUUCUUUUCUUGAUAUUAAUGCAUAUUCUUGAUGCAAGCCACAUAAUUGUAUUAGGCAAUAACUAAUAUUUUGAUGCAUUUGGUUUUUUAUUUCGCCUAUUUUCAAGAUAGAUGAAAACCGCAGAUAAAUUGUUUCCUCGAAAUUAUCAUUGUUUUUAUUAUUUAGUUUUCAUAAACUACAAACAUAACUACCUACAUUGAUUAUUCACUUAUAUACACUAAGUUGAUAAAUUCUAAAUAUUAUAGAGUUGGUAUAGUUUUAUUUUCUAUAUUUUAAUAAUGAGCCACACAUUUUUAUUUUUAAGUUAUAAUUAUAAAAUGGUUCUAAAAUGCGAUUUUUGCAAGAUGAUUAAAAACAAAAGAAACCUUUCAAAGUCUUUCACAAGUUCAGAUUUGGGGUCUACAUAUCCUAAAGGUUUAACGCAAGAGAAAAUGUAUUUUUAUGGAUAUUAUGUAUUAUCUAUUAUAAUCAUUUUUUAAUUUUAUUUUUGUAUUUUUUUAUUUAUAGUUAAAAACUAUUGACCACGAUUCUGGUACUGAGUCUGACGACGAGCACAGUCCAGACAGAGAACCUAAAAUUACAAAGCAAAGUGUAACUAAAUCUACUCGAUGUAAGUUAUUAAAUUAAAACCUUUAGGUACUUAAUUUGAUUUAAUUACUUUUUGCAUUUGGAACUUUUUAUGUAUUUUUUAAUAUAUUACUAAAUAAACCACAAAGUAAAUUAUGAAGGGAUAUUUUCAAAUUUUAGUGAAUAAUACACUUGCUCUAAAUUAGAUUAAUUUAUUGAUACUUAUUUUCUAUUUAAGCUUCAUAUUUAUAUAAUUUUUUAUUAUCUUGCUCAAAUUAAAAUAUUUUUAAAAAGUUAAAUAGCACUAAUUUAAACAAGUUAAUUGUUUAUUUAUCAUGUUUAUUUGUAUUUAAAAUUAGUUUUCAAUAUUUAAGUUUAGUUUAGAUACUUAAACCAACAUUUAAUUAUUUUAAUGUAUUAAAUAGCUAUGUUUUUUAACUAUUUUAUGGAAGUAGAUAAUAAUAAUUAGUUUUUAAUGAAUUUUUACAUUUUUAAUUUUUGUAUUUAUUAACUUGAAUAUGUAAAAAAAACAUCCUCAUGUGGGUGAGAAGUUGGGAAGGUAGGAUAUAUAGGACAAUUUAAUGUAUAUCUUUAUAUGCAACGAUUAAUCAUUGAUAACGAAAAAUAGCUCUGAGCUGAGUCAGGUUAUAUGUUUUGAAAGGCCGUAAUAUUUACGAUUUUCGUAAAAAUUUGAUGUUAAAAUUCUUAUAAAAAAAAAAUUCUAUUUUACACUGAAUUUAUUAACCUCAAAGUACAAACCUCCUGUUUAAUUUUCAAGCAUUUCUGUGGGUCUAACAGUUUUAUCCACAGAGUAGGUACCUACCAAAUAAAAAUUACGUAUAAAAUUUGUAAAAUUUAAAUGUCUUUAAAUAGUUCAAAAAAUCGUUAAAAUUUAUAAAAUUUUACCACGUUUUAAAAAAGCAAAAUAUAAGAAUGAAUAUUUUUAUCCUAAUUACAAAAAAAAAAAAUUAAAUUAAAAAUACCACAUUUUGUAUAUUUUCCCAUUUUUCUUAUUUUUUUUCCCCGAUUUUUCCAUUUAUUAUUAAAACCCCUUGAAAAAUCAAAAUUUAAUCUAACCGUAAAGAAAUCAGAUAAGUUUUUUACAGAAGUAAAGGAAAACAAAUAUCAUUGUAAAACCAAUAUAUUACUAAUUUCUAUCAGAAUCUAAAAUUUUAAUAGUUCAAUCUUUAAAAAAAAGAUUAUUUGAAUAAAACUGUAAUAUUUGUUUUUGUAAAUUAAAAAUGUAUUAUGUUGUAUUAUUAAAUUAUUAUUAAUAUUUAUAUUAUAAUUCAUUACUAAUUGUCUACUUUUAACCAAAAGGUAAUGUUACUUAUCUGUUAUAACAAUCAUGUUAUUGCUUAUAUUUACAUUAAUGUUUUACCUAACCAUUGUGAUUAAAAUUAAUUAGUUACCUUUAAAAUUACACUAUAAUUCAUUUAUAACUAUUAAAUUUAAUAAUACAUAUACAUGUUAUUUUUUGUUUAAGAUUUUAAAACAUUUACUAAUGAGAUGUUUUGAUUCUAUGUAAUUAUUUAAUUUUAAAAAUGUUGUAUUCAAUUUAUAUUUAAAAGGUAUUCUGAAUUGAAGAAUUUAAAAUAAAUUUCACAUACUUGUCAAGGUUUAAAAUGAAGAUAAUAUUUAAAAACUUUUUUUUUUUAUAUACAUAUGCAUACUGCAUUGCAUUUAUACAUAUUUUUUCCCUUCAUAUUUUAAAAACUAUUGAAGCAUGAAAGGUUUUUUUUUAAAUUUUUGUUUGCAUAUAUGCUAUGCUUUUAUUGGAGUACCAUACCUCAAACUCUUUACAACACUUGACCUAACUGAUACAAAAGAACUGUUCUGCAUUCUCAAUCAUCCCUCUACGAUUAUUUCACUAAUACUCAACAUUUUUCACUCUGCUAACACCCUGUUAUUUAUUAUUAUUUUUAUUAUUUCUCAUUUUCUCUCUUUAAAAAAAAAAUUAAACUUUCAAGUAAGUAUACUGUAAGGUUGGGUAUGUGUAUGUACUGUAUUCACCAUACUUAAAAUGUAUUGAAACAUAUUAUAAUAUAAUACACUCUAUAUUAUGUUUAUUUUCAGUUUUAUUAUUUAGAAUGGUAAUAAUUUAAUUAAAACAUAACAUGUUAUAGUAAUAAUAUAUUUUAUUGUUUAUUAAAAACUAAUGUAGUUUAAGUAGGAAAAAAAAAUAAAAAUGAAUAAUUAUAAAACAAAAUAGGUAUAAACCUAUUAUAUAUUAUAAUUAUUAUUUUGUAUGAUAUAUAUAUACAAUGAUAGCCUUUUCCAAAAUUGAUGUGAAAUUUAGUUUGAUUUUUUUUUAAUAGUGAUGGAGAACAUUGGGAAUGAAGAUAUGGUUGGUGAUAUGGAGCCCACAAGGUCGUCGAGCAGUGGUCGCAGCAGUGUUGCAACUCCUGGCCCUUCCCCAUAUUUUUUAGACUCUGCUCUACCUAGUGACUGUGAUCAACACAGUUCAGAAGAAGAGUUAGAAGUUAUAAAUAGUAAUCCUGAAGCAUUAAUUCAAGUUGAAUUACCGACACCUGAUCCAGAUGAAGCAAAUUCCUGUGGUGUUCCUGAAAACUCUGUAGCAUCUUUAGCUCGUAAACGUUGUAGAUCUGCUAGUGAAGCUGGUUGUGGAAACACUAUAGCUAUUAACUGGUCUGGUUCUUCUGAUGAUGAGGUACAAGGACUUAUGUCAACCAGACCAACUCCAUUAAAAUUUUGUGCAUCACCUCCAUCUCAUGUGCACAAACCAGGACAGUGUACUGUAUCCUCUUCACCACCUUUAAAAUUAGUACAUUUGUCACCUAGGCAAUCUGUAUCCCUGCCAAAUACAUCUCCACGUAAACGUCAUAGAACAAGACAUCAUCUUACUCGAAAUGUGCAAAGGCCGUGCUUAGAUUUCGAAAAAAUGCAACAGGUAUAAAUACUACUAUAUUAUUAGUUCUAUACUCUAAAAAAUAUAUUUUAUAGACAAACAUAUUGUCUAGGAUUUUACAGAUAUUUUAUUUUAAAUUAGGAUUUAGAUAUAAUUGUAUUUUAUUGUAGAUAAGAGCUUAACCAUUUACUUUAAAUUAAAAAACUAGACAUACUUUGCAUGAUGGGUGUGCCACUGAUGUAGGUGAGAAGGUAGAGGAGAAUAUAAUGUAUAUUCGUAUCAAUAAUCAACAAUUGGUAAACGAAAAUCGAUUCUGAGCGGAUUUUGGUUAUAUAUUCUUUGAAAACCUGUAAUAUUUACGAUUUUAAUUAAUAUAUUUCAUACAUUUUCCUGGGUUUUUCCAUUUAUUAUGAAAACUACUUGAAAAUUAAAAAAUGACCUCCUUCAAGUACCACCAUAAUCAACUUUUUAUUUAGAAAAGGUGAUACAUUUAAAAAUCGGAGUAAAAUUUCUGGGAAAAAGUUGUUUACCAACACAUAAUAAAACCAAUACAUUCUUCACUCUUAGAAUCUAAAAUUCUCAAUUCUCAAAAUUUAUAAUUUUACAAUUGAUUUACAUACCUAUACAAUUUAAGGAUAUUUUGUAUAUAUUAUACCUGUUUGGAUUUUAUUAUUUUCUGUGACGAAAAAAAUAUUCACCUGCGAUUGAAGAUGUUUACAUUUUUACUCUUAAAUAGUUUUAUAUCAUUUAUUUUAACACGACCUACGGUGUCCUGUUAUAAAAUCAAAAGAAAAACGUGUUCGAUUAUAAUUGAAAAUGUAUCAACAUUUAACUCUCGAUUAAUUUGGGAAUAGAUCCCAUGAUACUAGAAUAGUUCCCAUGACAAAUACUCUACAAGAUAGUACUCAUUGUUGGCCCAUGUAAUAUGGUAUGAGUGGUGUAAAAUGAAUGAGCAUUUUGUUCUAUAAGCAAAUGAGAUCCAUCAGAAAAUAAAUUAUUUUAAUAUGUUUAUUUACUCAUGAGGACGACAAGAAUGUAUACUCAUACAAUUGAACAUUUCUGGCGAGUUUCUGUGUAUAAGAGUUGUCUCCCAAAAUAUACGAAUUAUCUCCCAUCCUUAUCGUAAAUAAAAAGGUUAAUAUACAUUAUAGUUACUUCCGUUGAAUAAGUAGUUCAUAAUUAUAUACGAAUCGCCUUCUUAAAGUUGCCUCCUACAUAAAAUAAAGCAGUGGUUAGAUUAUAAACUGAAGUGAAUUGAAUUUAGUAUAAAUUAAUAUAAUAUUUAUAAUUUUAUUGUUGGACAAAUUUUUUUACAAUUAAAAAAAUCAGUCUUAAAAAUAAUAACAUAGUUGGUUAAUAAAAACACAAUAUGGUAAUAAAUUUUAAAUCUAAAAUAAGCCGGGCAAUUCACACGUUGGUGGACCACUGUUAUUGGUGAGAAAUUGAGGUAGUAGAAGAGGGAAAAUUUAAUGUAUAUCUGUAAGAAAUGAUAAACUAUUGCUAAUGAAAAAACGAUUCUGAGGGGAGUUCAGUUAAUAGUAUUGUUUGUAAACAAUAUAUAUGUCAUAUGGUAAAAUAAUUACAGAGGUAUUAUAUAUUUUCUUUAAUAAUAUUUGUUUAAUAUUGUAUCUAUUUUCCCGUUUUUCCCAUUUAUUGAGAAAACUCCUUGGAAAAUCAAAAAAAUACCUGCUUAAAGUACUUCCACAUUCAGAUGUACUUUUAGAAAAAGUGCUCUCAUUGUAAAUUGGAACAAAACUACUGGUUUACAUAUUUGUAAAACCAUAAGCUUCUUCGCUCCACUCAUUAUCUAAAAUAUAAUAUUAUUAAAAUUUAUUAUUUUAUUUUCAUUCAACUAUUUUAUUUAAGUAGUAGUGAAAUCGAUUUUACUUCUAAUUUGUAAUGAUGCACGUGUUUUAUAGGCUUAUUUGAAUUUUGUGUUAAGUCUCGUUCUGAAUUAAUAUUAAUAAAUGAAUAAAUGUAAAUGUAUUAGGAUAUGGAGACUUAAAAUAGCUAUUAAAUUUGCUAUGAAAAGGUUCACAUGCAUUGUGCGCUAAAUGCUGAAACUUCUUUCUAUCCAUAAAUUAAGAGGGCAUUGUUUGUAUGUAUCUAUAAAAUCUACAAAUCUAGUAAUCAUUAAUUUUAUCAUCUUAAGGCUGUGUGGUUGCUUCAUAGCUAGUUCCAUUGUAAACAUAUCUCCGACUUCCGCCGGGUUCAAGAACGAUAACUCAAAUAUGCUCGUUAUAUAUUGUCUAAUAGAAUCGUUAUUAGAGUUAUCAUUAAAUUACAAUUUUAAACAAUUCUAUAUAUUGAUACAUGCUGUUUGAACAUUUUUUAAUCGUUUAUGAACCACUUGUAUAUUUAUUACCUCUCUAUUUGGAGGCAAAUAGUUGUAUACCUACCCUUUUCGUUUACGAUAAAAUUUAGAGUAUGCCAGGAGGUAACUCGUAUAUAUCCCGGGAGGCGAUUCGUAAAAAAUUCGACCUUUUUGACCUCGGGAUGCGACUAGUAUGCGCCCGCGAGUAUAAUAAUACACAGGUAUAAAACAAACUGGUUUUGUUCAAGCAACUGUUAACUACAAUUAUUAUAACACUACAACUUUGUAGUCUUCUAUAGUAGAGCUUAUAACAAGAAUUUAGAAUGAAUGUGAGAAAGUAUGAAAAGAAAUAAAGUAGGUCCAACAGAAAACUAUUUCUAGAAACUAUGUUACAUUGCAAAGUUCGUGUAAGGUCAAAUAAAUGCAAUCCAUUUAAUGUUUUUAUCGAGUAACAUAAACUUAAAUAUAAAAUUCAUUAAGCUUCCCAAUUCCUAGUCUAGAUAUAAAAUUGUUAUUAACUUGUGAGAGCCAACUCAUAAACAGUAUAAUAUUUGAUAUAAGUAUUAUGCAUAUCAACUACCCGCAUUUAAAAAAAAAAUAUAUUCUCUUUUCAAAUCUGUAACAAAAAUAUAUGAUAUAUAUAUAUAUAAAUAGAUAUUUGAAAAUAAUAAUUUGAUAUGUUUAAAAAUAAUUUACGAAAUAAGCAUACAAUUUUAAAAAUAUUGUAAAUAAGAUAAUUAAACAAUUCUUUAAUAAUGAGUGAAAAAUUCCAAAAUCAAUUUUACUCACAAUUUUCGUAAAUAAUCGCUAGAUCACGAUAAAAGAAUCACUUUUUUUUGAAAAUAACAAUAAAUAUGAUGUCAUAGAUUCUAGAUAGUGAUUGUGAUUAUUAAAAAUGAAAUUUAUCUUAUGAAGUUAUUGUCUAUGUAAGAUAUAGGGAUGUGUAGUAAUAACUGUUUAUUUUGUAUCAACCUAGGACAAACCACCUUUAAAAUUGUUGUAACCAGUACCUAGUCAUUAUAAAAUGUAAUAUAUUCGAUCAAUAAUUUUAUGUGUAGAAUCGUUGUUUUUUUCUGUAUUCCUUAUAAAUAAUAACCUUUAAAUGUGCUACGUGUUUUGAAAUUUGUUGAAUAUCAUAUGUGUAUUGGUAUUUAUUGAUUUUUGUCAGAAUUUUUUCAUUGACUCGUAUUUAUCGAGGUUACUCUAGUGCGUCCCAAUAAAAAAAGGUCAUUUUUGCAAAGUAGCCCGAAUGCAUUCCAGUUCAUUUAGAGUUACCCAUAGUACAUCACAAAAUGUUUGUUUAUUUUUUAUAUUUUGUGUUGUAUUGGUAUUAUUUUUAUAUUUUUUUUAUACUAAUUCAUUUAGGGUGAGUAUAAUAAUUUUAUUAUACUAAAGUUUUACUAAAAAUGUAUUAUAAAAGGCUGAUGUUCUUACAGUGUUGGCUUUUUAACAUGUUAUCUGGCAAUGACAUUUUUUGAAAAAUUUGAAGAUAAAGAUAAAGUACUAUUUUGGUAUUAGAUACAACAAAAAUUACGGUACUGCUUCGUUUUUUCGUUCACUAGAAGACUACACGACUUCUAGCCGUAGUCACUAGUCUAGCUUAGUUAUUAUCAAAGUUAAAAUAAAAAUUUGUUUCAGCUACGGAUAAUUUAUCAUACGAGUAUACGACUGUGGACAAACUCGGUCAAUUUAAUUUAAUUUAUGAGAUUGCGUACGAACUCGGAUUAUGAAAAUGUAAAAAUUUUAAACGGGAUAAACUCGAGAUGUCCCCGUAUUUAUAAUCAUAGAUACAUGUGAGAAGAUACUCAAAUUUGUGGUGAUUACGAAACUUAUUGAUUCAUAAUUAUUUAAUAAUUUGCGAUCAUUCUCUCUUUACUACUAUGCUUAUAUUUUUUGUUGAGUUUAUUUAGUUUAAUAUUAAACUAAAAUAUGUUAUGCCAGGUUUUUUAAAUUAUUAAGCAAAUAUUGAUUCAUACAUGACACAUACAUAGCUAUAGCUAUAAUAUGUUGGAAUAAUUUGCCAUAUUCUACAAUUGAAUACUGAAUGAAACCAGAAAUUUUUUUAUAAUUUUAUGUUUAACGAUUAUUAUUUAUUUCUAUUGUAAUCUAUUAUUAUUCAAUUACUAUCAAUAAUUGUUAUCUUUUGUUAUCUUGAAAACCAUGUUUGGGUUGUCACUAAUGUCACCCAACAACUUUUUAGUUUGAUUUCUUUUAAUUUAAUAUAAAGAAGUAUAAUUGCUCUGUUAAGAGUAUAUUAAUUAUUUUAAUUUUUUUUAAAUUUACUGAAAUCUUUAUUUGUGGAAUUUCAUUAUUACUUUUAAAACCAAUAUUUAAAAAUAAUCCUUACCAAAUGGACAUAGUUCGCACGGUGGAUGGGCCACUGUUGUAAGUGAGAAGUUGCGACGAUUAAUCUUUUUUUAACGAAAAACGAUUCUGAGCGGAGUUUGGUUAUACAUGUUUAAUAUUGCCGUAAUAUUUACGAUUUUAAAAUAAUACAUUUCGUACGUUUUCCCGUUUAUUCCAAAUUUUUUUCCCAUUUAUUAUGAAAAUGACUGAAAAAAAAUCAAUAAAGUACCACCCAAGUCGUAUUUUCUUUACUUGAAAAUCAGAUCAAAAUUGCUAGUAGAAAAGUUGACUAUAAAAAAAAAAAACCAAUACUUUAAACAAAAUACAAUACAAUGUUUACCUCUGUAUCUAACCUUCCCAUAGCCAAUUUUUCAAUUUUAGAUUCUGAGCGAGGAAUGUAUUGGUUUUAAAAUUAUUUAUUUUUUUCUGUGAAUAACUUUUCUACUAGAAACCUUGUUCCAAUUAUUAACUGUACCACCUUUUCUAAAAGAAAAGGUUAUUUUUUGAUUUUCCUAAAGGUUUUCAUAAUUAAUAUGAAAAACCAGGAAAAAACGUAGGAAAAUGUAUGAAAUGCAAUAUUUUUAUAUCGCAAAUAUUAAGGCUUUUCAAAACAUUUAUAAUCCGAACUCUCCUGAGAAUCGUUUUUUGUUAACAAUGAUUAAUCGUUGCGUACAAAUAGAAUAGUAGAUUAAAUUUUCCCACUACUAUUUAACUUUUCACCUACACAGUGGCCCAACAAUUGUGCAUAACACUGUUAGUCGCUAUGUUUAGCCAAACUUUGUUCAGAAUCUUUUUUUCGUUGGUCUUGAUUUAUCAUUGCGUACAGAUUACAGAUAUAAAUUAAAUUAUUCGUAUUUUUUUACCUUCUAAAAUUCACACUUACAUCGGUGGCACACCAGUUCUGCCGGCAGUAUCACUUUUUUUUUAACAAUAUAUCCUAAUAGCCUUAUAUAAUGAAGUUCAUAGUCAUUGAUUAUUAUCAAAUAAUAAGAAUUUAAGAGCUAAUUUUAAAUCUGAUUGAUAGUGUACGUGUAAUCAAACCGGUGACCAUUACCCGCAGUAUUCAUGCACCUAUAGAAAAUAUUAUUCUUCAUUAUCUAUAUUGUUCAUGAUGUUUUAAAUUUACCAUUUUAUUAAGAUCUAAAGACCUUUCGAUCCUUGUCAUACUUUUAAAUAAUAAUCAUACUGACUUAAAAAUAAACAGUAGAAGAAACUGCAAAAAUACUAUACAAAUGUAUCUUUAAUCAUAAUUAUUAUGAAAACGAAGAAUUAUUUUAUAGUUUGAUCCAAAAUAUGUGUAUUUAGAAUUUAUAUAAUACAUAUAGUAAAAAAUUAUUCUGUUUUUUACCUCGUUUAAUUGAAAUGUGGUUUUAUAUUAUAUGCUUUACCUUUUAUAUUAAUCAUUCCUGUUGUUGUCUUGUCACCAUAGUUACUUCAAAGUAAACGUCAUGUUUAAAUCUCUGGUUUUAAUUUUGUUUUUCUGUAUUUUUAAAAACAAAUUUCAAAAUAAUUUCGCUCUAAAAAUAUCAAAAUUAUCAAUAUUAAAUUACAGUUUUUCGUUGAUUUGUUAGAGUUAAGUAUUUAAUUAAUAAAUAUUUAUUCACUAUCUAGUGCUCUAGUUGAAUUUGAUAUUUAUCAUAAUUGUUUUUAAAUGAUAAUUUACUAUUAUAUUUACUUCUGUUGCAAAAUUGAUGUUAUUAGAUGUUCAUUAAGUAAUUAUUAUUAUAGAACUAAUGUUUUGUUUUAAUUGUAAUUUUAUUAUAAUAUUUUCAAAUUGCAGAUUAAUGAAUUAUUACUGUUAUAAAAAUGGUACCUAUUUCUCUUAUUAAAACUAAUUGUUCGCAUCAAUUUUAUAGUAAUCAUAUUAUAAUGAAUAGAUUCUAUAUUAUACAAUAUACAAAGAAUGAUGUUUUCGUUUUUACAAUUUGUGUCUUAGGCAUAAUUUUCUAUAACUUGGUGAAACUUCUUAAGAGUUAAGUUAUUAGCUCGCUAGUAUAAUAGAUAAAACAAAAAAGAUCCAUAUUGUUAUUCACGUUCAAUUUUAUUCAGAAAAAAUCUAAAAGAAAUACAAAUUUCGCCCUGUGGUUUUUAAAUGCGAUCACUUAUAGAUGAUAGAUAUGACAUUGUCUUUUGAAAAUCGAUCGUUAUUGUGUUUACAGAACCAUCGUUAUUUUUUUUCGUCGGGCUCUAGCAUAGUCUCGUCAAGUAGGUAUUUUAUUUAUUCUCCCCUCCACUUAAUACCGUGUUCUCGAUUCAUUUCCUCUCGGAGUAUUCACAGUGAAUUAGACUGUUAGAAGUAAACAAGUCUUUGAAGGUCACCUUUCCGCUAUUUUUACACGACCGAUCUUCUACACUCACUUGCAUCAGAGUAUAACAUAUAUAUAUAUAUAUAUACAUUACGUAUGUAUAUGCAUUUAUGUUAUUAUAAUAUUUUAAAAUACCAGUGUCUAUUAUGCGUGUGGUCCGUUCUUGGAUUCUUCAGUUGCCGGACAAACAGCAUGGUCUUUCUACCCCACUACCGGGAUCUCUGUAGACCAUGUCGUCCGCCCACUUAACACCCGUUAAAGACGACGAUCACGCAUUCCUUUACUAUUUUACUAUUAAGAACCGAGUCUAGAGUAUUACUCUACGCUACACAUACUAUUAAUCUAUUGCAUUGAAAUGCAGCUUCCACUGUUACCAACCGUCCAUUCAAUAAUGUUUUGAACGACUGCGUGCAUUUUUCUUUUCAUCGUUCAUACUACAUCGCGACCAUCGCAUAUAGUAAAAAAGAAAGUAAAAGGAUUUAUUUAGUUUUUUUAAACAAAAUUAACAAUAUGUUAUUUUUCUAUAAGUUAUAAGACAAUACUUACUAGAUGAUAAUGUAAUUUGAAACUCAUCGUUAUGUACCUACACCUGGUGAUGAGUACAAGGUACUUAUAAUAUGUGUAUAAAAAUAACAUUUGUUUAAUUGGUUAAUAUGCUUUUAAUAAUUGUUAAUUAUUGGGUGUUGAAAAACCAAUGCAUUAUUAUUUUUAUUUUUCGUUGUAUCUAUAAGUACUUUACUAUGACUAGGGUUGCUAGAUUUUGAAAUCCCCAAACCGGGACAUAAUAUUGAAUGACCUUUUUUAAAUUUUAUAUACAUUAACUGUUAUUAUUUAUUGUCUAUUGAUUAUUAUACUUUUUACUUCAAAAUUAUUUUUUUUCAAUAUAUUUGUAUCAUUCUCAAUUUGUUCGUAAAAUUUAUUACAACAUUAACCAAAAUUCAUUUAACAUACCAUCAGGCAUCGUAAUGUAUUUUCAUUCGUUCUAUUAUUUUUAUCCGACAAAACGUUAUUCAUAAGUUUACUCUCGUGUUUUAAAACCAAAACCUGAAAUCGUUAGGUGAAGACUAUAUCCAAUUCUUUGCGAUGAUAUCCAACCAUCAUUUGACUGCUAAAUGAAUUGAUUUUUUAAAACCAAUAGUAACAAUUUUGGUGUGAAAACUAAGCGUAUUGCUUUGUAAAACUAACAAGUAUGUACAUAUAGUAUAUACUAUAUUAUACUGUGUCGAAUAUUUAUAAAAUUACAAUUUGUGAUAUACAUAUUUAAAUAAUUUUGUAUGUGUUUCAAAUAUUAUUCAAAAACCAUAUUCAUUACCUAUUUAACUUUAAAACUAUUAAAAUGUGUGGACGAAACGAGAAAGUUUCAAACCUUCUAAAGGCACAUUUCGGCAACAGUUUUAUUUAUAUACAGGGUGUAACAGAACUAUUUGAUAUUUUUACAUGUAACUAUAACAUUGAAAUGUCAAAUAGUCCUGUUACACUGUAUAUAAAUUUCAACCCAAUUAUUUACUUUGAUGAGUCUGUAGGAGUAUUAGAAACCCAGUAUUUCCUGUGAAUAUAUGAAAUCUGAGCUUUAAACAUUUUUGGGGAGUACGUUAAACGUUGAAACCACCAAAUCAUUAUACACACACCAUGUAGAUAUGUAUGAUAUAUAUAUAUACAAUUUUAUCCCCCUAGCUUUAUUUGGAAGAUCUCUAGAGGUGUACAAACUACUACAAAGUUAAAAAACAUCCUCUUCCCGAAACAACAAUAAUCAAUAAUCAUGGCCAGCAUUUUAUCACUUCAAACUACAAACUACCUAUAAAAAAAAACUUUAAUUCCCGAUUUUUAGUUAAUUUGGUCUAGACGGGGCCAUUAAGUGUCCCAAAGUAGAGGGAAAAAUAUACCUAAAUGGCUUUGUACAUUACAGAUACAAUACAGUGUAAUAUAGUGUCUAUUCUAUUACUAGUCUCUAUUUUCGGAAAAAAUCGGACAAAAAUGUAUAGAAUGCUUUUGGAUCAAAACUACUCUUUUAAUAUAAUAUGCUAUAACAUAUAAAAUGGUCAAUUUAAAUACAAUAAGCGACUUAUAAUAAUAUCCGUAUGAUAUUCCGUAUGUACUUACCCUAUAUUUUUAAACAAUAAAGAAUAGUCGUUCGUUGAACUUUCUCUGAUUAAUCAUUUGAUAAUAAUCCAGUGUUACCUAUUCAUUUUUUAACGACAACAAUAUAUUUUGUCUUUUAUAAUCGUCAUUUUACACUGGAAUAAUAAAUGAUAAAAAAGCAAUUCUCUUUAAAUUGUUUUAAAUAUUAUUUAUUUAUAAUUCAUAAUUGAAAUUACAUUCUGCUACAGAGGCAGAGAUUUGAAAAGUCUUCUCACAUCCUGUUGGGGAAAUAUUAUGAUUACAAACUAAUUGACAUUAUUAUGAUUUGUGGAGUGUAGAAAUAUAUUAUAUAGCAAUAUAGUGAGCGAGUUCCAUAUUCCUCAAAAAAUGACACAUACAAUUACAAUAGUUUUAAUUUUAAUUACAGUUAUGUCGUGGUUUAAUUUUGCUAGUAUAGUCAAUUACUAAACUAUUUCACUAACUUAUAUUUUCGAACAUCUAUCAUAUUAUGAGUGACUUGUUUUAUAUGUUGGAUACAUCAUUGCACAUAAAACGUCAAUAAAUGAUCUUCGAAUAGAAAAUCUCGCCAUAUAAUAUUCUAAUGGUGUAAAGCAAAUAUUAUGAUUUCAGUUAGUCUCGUGAAAAACAAAAUAACUGUUAAUUCCCUAAAAUAAUAAUGCUAUGAUGAAGAUUUUGUAUUUCAAUUUGAUUUUACGUUUGCCAUAUAAAUAAAAACUUAAAUUCCCUUAAAUUAUUUUUUAUUGUUAUUAAAUUUUAUUAUUAUUAUUAUAUAUAUAUAUAUAUAUAUGUAUUUUUUUUUUACAGCUCAAAACGUUGUCUGCAACUUCGUGGAGGCAUACCAAUAAAGAUCAUAGCGGUGAAUUAUCAGUUUAUUGUUGGUGAUUCCAUAAGAUAAAACUGUUAUUUAUAAUAUUAUAAUAUUAUAUUUCCUUCUUUUUCAAUUUUUAUUUUUAUCUAGAAAGGCUGUAAUGAUACAUAUAAUGUUUAAAUCGUUAAGUUUGCCAUAACUUACUACUUUUGGCCAAUUUGUUUGUGUGUUUUGGUCCUGUGCCACGUGUUAACAAUACUAUCAUACAUAUUUGAACUCAAAAUGUGAUACCUACGUGAUAAUUGCAGGACCAAAUAUAAUAAAUUAAAAUUCAAAUGUUUAAUUUUAAUAAAACUGAGCCAGUUUAUUGAAUUAUUUUAUUUAUGUAUUUUUUUAAUUAUUAUUUUAGCUUUAUGCUUUGCUAGUCUGUAAAAUUCAUCCAUAAAAGAAAACCAAUAAUACCUAUACCCAUUACGUGUUUGUAUUGAUAUUCCUCAAUCAUAUUUUUCUCAAUAACUUUUUUUGUUAUUAUUAUUAUUUAGUCAUUUAGUACCUAUACUUAUGUAUGUUAAUGCGUACAAUUAUAUUUUUAAUUUAAGUGAAACAUAGUUAGGUAAAAUGUAUAAAUGUCAUAAUUUUCUUAAGUUCUACUACAUAUAUACUAUUAGUUAUUUUAAAACUAAUUAUUAAUGUUUUAUUGAAUUUAUUUAACACAGUUGGGUCUCAUAUAUUCAUAUCUUAACGUUUAAUACUGGUUGUAUUUGUUAAGUAGAAGCCUGUGUUGAUUGUAUUUUUGAUACACGAAAAAUAUUAUGCAAUAGGUUACCUAUGCGGGUAGUUAACGUUUUGUAACAUUUACUCGGUUCAUUUUUGUCUUCGGCGUUUGUUAUGGCAACAAAAACAUUGGCCAAGUCCAAAUUCUGAUUACUUACUAUACAUCACACUAAAUCACGUUAUUAUAUAUAUAUAUUUUUUUGGUUCUAUUGUUUUCUACGUAUAGUAUUCGAAAAUCCUUAAAUACGAUAAACAUUUAAGUGUUUUAUUCUUAUAUAUUAUAUAUACUUUAUUUAUUUUAAUAGUAAAUUAAUAUUAUUAUGCGUUUCUAUUCGCACGAUUUAAAUAAUAAAUUGACUAAGAAUUAAAUAAUUUAGUCCAUAUUAUUACUGAUAACCAAAAUGUCGUAUGCGAAGUCAUAGGCGUAGUGCCAGCGAUCAAUGAGGAUUUAAACAUAAUUUAAAUUCAUUUAAAUUCAUUAUACGUUUACAAUUUAUUUUUCGAAUGUUGCCAAAAAUUGUAUAGAAAUAACAAUACAAAUAAAAUAUUACAAACGAUUUUACGAAUUAAAUUGUAGAAUUUGAUGUGUAAAGUGGCUUCAGUUGCAUACAAUAUUAUUAGAAUUCUAAUAAUAAUUUCGGUUUAUAAUCUUAGUUUUGUUUAUUUCCUGAAUGAUAAUUUGUUAUUGUUGUAUCUUUUACGUUUACUGUAUUAUUGGGCCUCUACUCGUUACAUAAUAAUAUAAUAUCAAAUAAAUAAAUAAUGUGAUCAACAAGAACUGAAGAUUGUUACAUCAAACAAUGUUUUGUUUUAUUGCCUUUAACAGUGGCGUAAUCACAGAGGGAGAUAUGAGAGACAGAUCCCCUCGGAGCCUUUUUUUUUUUUAUAAAUAAGUAGAUAAUUUUGUAAUUGUAUUUAAGUUCCAGUGGCCUAUAAAAGUUUAAUAUUUUAAAACUCAUUGCAUUUAAGUUUCAUUGUUAACUAUUAUCAAUGGUAAGUGAUGAAAUUGAUACGAGUAUAUAUAUUAAUAUGAUAACUGCCCAAAGUCUUUUUUUAUUAACGUCUCAAGUCGUCAAUAAUAUCGGUAGUUUAAUUUUUAAAGGAAAAAUUGAUUUUAUAUGAUUCAGAAUUUGUUAUUAUUAAAUAGUGGUUAAAUAUAAUCAAAUUAAAAAGAAAAUAUGUAGAUACAGUCAAAUACCAUUUUUUAUAUUUUUCAAAACAAAUUUAAAGGUUUUUCCAUAAUUGAUAAUAAAUAAAAGUGACUAACAAUUCCAAUACAAACGGCUACUUGAAUUUAAACAAUAUUAAAAUAUUCAGAAUUAAAAAAUUAUGUUUUUUGUACUUAAAUGUUGUAUUAUUUUUUCCACCUUUCUCUCCUAGUGGCGGGGGCAAAGUAUGAUUAAAAGGCACGAUUAAGUAAAUUAUAGAGAACUCCUAAAAUAUAUUUUUAAUUACGCCACUAGUCCGUAAGUAUGCAUUAUUAUGAUUUUAAAAAAUCGUUCAAGGCUAUCCAUUUUACUAAGGUUUAUUAGAUUAGGAAAGUUAUUAAGAAUAAUUAUAUAGUAGUGAAGUCGUUACAACAAACAACACUAUUCUUGUACUGAUAGUAUAUAGAUUUAAGCUUUAUUAUAAAGACGUCUUAUAUAGGUAAUUAUAUUAUAUGUUGGCGCGUCAUUAUUUCUAUUUCAUUAUAGUCUUAUUUACUCAUGGCUGCAACGUGCCAUGAAAAUAUGAAACUAUAUUAAGAAGUUUGAGUUCAUAAAACCGACAGUUUUUGAAGGUGUCCGUUACUGUAGUUUAGAAAAUUAAUUCUAGUGUGCAUUUUAAUCAAUAUCAUAUAUUUAUAUACAGUAUAACAUUUAUGUAGGUAGAAUUUCGGUAUAAUACCGUGUUUGUAUAUCGAAUUCUGUUAAAAAUAUUUCAUUAGGUACCACAAAAUUUAUCACUUAACUAAUAGCCGUUUUAUAACCAUUAUUAAUUAAGAUUUAAUGAUAUCAAUUUAUUUUGUAUAUUAUGCAGAGGACUUAUAGCUGUAAAAAAGCAGUAAAUAUACAAGAACUUAUGCAC